AUGGCGCCAGCCACGCUAAUUUUAGGCUUACUUACGAUUUGUCACAAAGUUUCUCCGAUAUCUGCUGGUUGCGGCAGCAUUUUCUUGCCCGACCAGCACCAUGCAUUGAUCGGUCACUCGUUCCUGGGUCAAACAGGGACCGGUCGGAUUCAGUGCAUGAUGCUCUGCUGGAGGCACAGUCGUUGUUUGUCAUUCAACCAUGAUGACACCAAUGGUACAUGUCAGCUGAACAACGCGAGGAAAGAAGAAUUUCCCGAAAGUUACAAGCAAGAUGAACACUUGUCGUACUUCGGUUCCUCCAAAAAGGGACACGAAGACAAAGCAGCAACAACCACAGCUGCAGCAACAACGACGACCACAAUUGCAGCAGUUACGCUAAAAGUUUGCAAUUCACCUCUUGGUAUGGAAAGCGGCGCCAUAGCCGAUAGUCAGAUCAAAGCGAGUAGCGUCAAAAAUAACGACCACGCAAACUACGGAACAGCGCUCGCCCGAUUAAACAGCGAAAGUGCUUGGUGUGCCAAUACGGCUGUAAAACCCAGAUGGAUCCAGGCUGAUAUGGGCAGCGUGAAGGAUCUCCGUGCCAUAAUCGUACAAGGCCGUCCCGGGCAAUAUGUAUUUACAUUUACUCUGAGUAAGAGUGGUAAUGGCGCUCAGUGGACGCACUUACUCGACGGAAACGGGUAUAAGAAGAGAUACUAUGCCAGGGAAUCCUACAAGAUAAGACAGCGAGUCUCUGUCGAGACAGCACCAUCGGCGGGUAUCCGAAGCCGAUACAUCCGUAUCACGGCGAUUUCAUUUACCACCAAUUAUUUAUGUAUGCGAUUUGAACUUAUUGGCUGCGACUGA